AGCUUCAUUACUUCAUAAACCAGCAAGAACACAUAAUAAAAGAAAAUGAUAAGUAUGGUGCUAAAGUUUGUCGUGACGGUGAUAGUGUUCGCCCAAAUCUUAGCUCCAAUUGCUGAAGCUGCUCAAGGAAGAGCCGUCUUUUACGACCCUCCCUACACUAGGUCUGCUUGUUAUGGAAAUCAAUACGAAACGUUGGUGACUGGAGUCAGGAACGAUCUGUGGCAAGGAGGCCGAGCUUGUGGUCGGAGGUACAGAGUUCGAUGCAUUGGUCCUACAUACAACUUUCCAGGAGCGUGCACGGGACGUAGCGUAGUCGUCAAAGUAGUUGAUUUCUGCCGGGAGCCUUGUAAUGGCGAUCUUAAUCUCUCUCGUGACGCUUUUAGAGUCAUCGCCAAUACUAAUGCCGGCAACGUCCGCGUCGUAUAUAAUCCGAUAUGAAGUUGAUAUACAUACUAAAUAAGCGAAUAAGAUGAAGAGUUGAUUUCGUGGUGUACUAUUCCACUAAAUCGAAAGAAUAGUAUAUGUAUGGAUGGUCCUUUAUGAGAAAUAAUUGUACUUCAUCUUAUUCAAAAAUAAUAAUAAUAAUAAUAAUAAUAAUUGUACUUCAAAAAAAGAAUUUCACUGUAUCCUACUAAA